AUGCCCUACGUACAAGGCACUGUUCUACAGAGGGCUUACAUGCCCCUCACUGUAGUUGCAGUAUUAUGUAUAUACUAUUCUGUAUUUCAGGUUGCUCUUCAUUUCUGGGGCACCGGAGGUGGUGCUCUGCCGAUUGUCUCCUUUUUAUUAUUGAGGGACUUGUGCAUACGACUCGGUUCUGAUUGCUUAGAUGAUUGCAUCAAAGGGAUGUAUAAAGGCUAUGUUUUGAACUGCCAACUUGUUAAUGCGACCAAACUACAGCACAUUCAGUUUCUUGGUAAUUGUUUUAUUGAACUUCUUCGGGUGGACCUCCUGUCUUCAUACCAACAUGCCUUCACUUACAUUCGCCAGUUAGCAUUGAUCUUAAAGGAAGCACUUUCAGAAUCUACAAAAAAGAAGGAAAUAUAUAGAAAGGUUUAUCAAUGGAAAUAUAUUAAUUGCCUGGAGCUUUGGACUGGAGCUAUAUGCGCAAAUAGCUCAGAAGGCGAUUUGAGGCCCCUUGCUUAUCCAUUGUCUCAAAUUAUUUCUGGCGUAGCUCGUUUAGUUCCCACUGCUCAAUAUUUUCCCCUCAGAUUGCGUUGUGUGAGGAUGCUUAACCGCAUUGCUGCUUCAACGGGCACCUUGAUCCCAGUUUCUCUGCUCCUUCUAGACAUGCUGGAAAUUAAAGAAUUGCACAAACCUCCUACAGGAGGAGUUGGAAAAGCUGUAGAUUUGCGAGCUGUGCUCAAGGUGAGCAAAACUACCUUAAAAACCCGAGCAUUUCAGGAAGCAUGUGUUUUCUCUGUGGUCGAAGAGCUUACUGAACAUCUAGCUCAAUGGAGCUAUUCUGUUGCCUUCUUUGAAUUGUCUUUUGUACCUUCUGUUCGAUUGCGUAACUUCUGUAAAUCAACAAAAGUUGAGAGGUUUCGACGAGAAAUGAGGAACCUUAUUCGUCAGAUCAACACCAAUUCUGAAUUUACAAAUAAGAAAAGGGCGACAGUUUCAUUCUUGCCGAAUGACCCUGAAGUGGCAUCUUUUCUCGAGGAUGAGAAAAAAUCAGAGGCUAGCCCCCUGUCACAGUAUGCUGCCACUCUACGCCAGAGAGCACAGCAAAGAGAUGACACAAUGAUGGAAUCGAGUGUACUUAUCGGUGAAAAAUCAUCCACCUUCGGGAAUAAGACGGAGGACGAUGAUGAAGAAGAAGAUGAUGAUAAUAGUAGAUGGGGGAAAGGGGCACGCGUCUUUAAUUCUGCGUGGCUACCUGGACGGGAUUCAAAGAUUAAGCUUAAAGAAGAGGAGAAAAAGGAAAAAACUAGGAAACAGAAGGAUCCUCAAGAACAGACAGCUCUUGAUGAAGAUGUUGUGGAGGACUUCUUCCUGAGUUCCGAUGAAGACAGAGACGAAAACGGUUCAGUGAGUGACACCACCGAUGCCGAAGAUGUCGAGUCAGAGAGAACAAUUACCAAACGUCAAAAACUACCGCUAGGUUCAUCAAAAAAGAAAAGAAAGGUUCAUGACAAGAAAUCAAAGAAGAGGAAGAGAGUAAAUCGAACCUAAUAGGUUUGAUAUUAGCAUGUUCGAUUUAUUGAUUGAUAUCAGGAUGUUUGAUUGACUGAUUAGUAGCAGAAGCUUGAUUCGCAUAACUUGUCUUACUUGUGCCUGAAUGCUUUUUAUAUCCCCUUUCUCUAGAAUGGAGCAAUCAAGACGUAGCGUAAA